UCCAAGAAUCCGCCAUAUUCAAACUUCCGCCGUAGUGUGUGUUCUGUUGUCAUCGAUCUGCUGCUUUCUUUGUACCUAUCGGGUUGGUUUUCAUACGGCCGGACUUUGUCUUAUGUUCGCUUAGUUUUACCUACAUCUCGGUAUAACUGUGUUCAGCACGAAGCCUCCCGCAAAAUGGAAGAAAAUGAAGAAGUUUGCGCAGUUACGGUGGGAAACAAAAAGCAGAAACUACGGAGGAUGUCAUCGAGGACGUCCACCACCAGUAUCAUGAGCGCUGCGGAGCCUUCUCCUCAAACUCUGCGGAGAAACAACUCCAAAAAACCUCCUCUGCAGAGAGGCAGCUCCUUCACCUUUCUUACUCCGGGGACUCCGUGGGACUUCAGUCUAAAAAGAAAACGUAAAGAGAAGGAGGAUGACACAGUCAGCUUGUCCAGCUUCGACCUCAAGGAACCCAGCAACAAGCGUGUCCGACCGCUGGCCAAAGUUUCAUCCCUCGUCAACCUCAUAUCUCCUUCAAAGAAUGGAGCAGUGCGGCGCUUUGGCCAGACCAUCCAGUCCAUGUCGUUACGUGGCGAUAGCAAGUCACCAGGAAUGUCCCUCAGAACCACCAGCAAGGCCUCAGGUCCAACUCCCACCAAACGCAGGAACAGCACGCUGUGGUCGGAGACGCUGGACGUCCAUCAGAAGAGCGCGUUCUCCACCAAAGAGAUCAAGAGACAAGAGGCAAUUUAUGAACUGUACAGGGGAGAGCAGGAUCUCAUCGAAGAUCUUCAACUUGCACGAAAGGCAUACCACGACCCGAUGCUAAAGCUCUCCAUCAUGACAGAAGAGGAACUAGGCCACAUUUUUGGCGACCUGGAUGCGUACAUUCCCUUACACGAGGACUUAAUGAUGAAGCUGACGGCGGGAACUGGCCCUGACGGAACAGUAGCCCAGAUUGGACAGAUAGUGAUAGACUGGCUGCCUGGUCUCAACGCUUACAAAAACUACUGCAGCAAUCAGCUUGCGGCUAAAGCCCUGCUGGACCAGAAAAAACAGGACAAGCGGGUCCAGGACUUCCUGCAGCGCUGUCUGGAAUCCCCCUUCAGCAGGAAGCUUGACCUGUGGAGUUUUCUGGACAUCCCACGUUCACGCUUGGUGAAAUACCCGCUGCUGCUGCGAGAGAUCCUCAGACACACUCCGCCUGAUCACCCAGACGUAACCAGUCUGGAGAGAGCUAUCACUAUAAUCCAGGAGAUUCUGUCUGAUAUCAACGUGAGAAAAGGAGAGUCUGAGUGCCAGUAUUAUAUAGACAAACUGGAGUUUCUGGAUGAUAAGCAGCGGGACCCUCUUAUAGAUAACUGCAAGACGCUGUUGUGCCACGGCGAGCUGCGGAACAAGAGUGGCUCGAGGCUGCACGUGUUCCUCUUCUCUGAGCUGCUGGUUCUGACCCGGCCGGUGACACGGAAUGACAGGAGCUGCUUCCAAGUGUAUCGGCAGCCAAUACCAGUGCGGGACUUGACUCUGGAAGACCUGCUGGAUGGAGAGAUCCGCAUGGGAGGGUCCUUCAGAGGGGCCUUCACUAAUGGAGAAAAAGCAAAGAACGUUUUCCGUGUGAGCUCUCUGGACCCCUCCCACGGCCAGUCCCACACUCUGCACGUCAGUGACGUCUACCACAAGCAGCAAUGGCUCAACUGUCUGCGCACCGCGAUGACUCAACAGCAGGGGGCUCCAGCUAGAGCUCAGCACGGGGAACCCAUCCGGGCAAAGCGCCGCUCCUCCACCAUCUCAGCCGCCAUCUGUGACACAGAGACAGACGAGAACUGUCCACCUGUCUCUGGCCCCAAACUCAGGCCUCAGACACUCUCCAAAACCAGACUGGAGCAGAAGUCGCAAGGAUCAGGAAAGAGGAAGGAAACCGGAGUGUAGACAUUCAACCGGGGUCCCAGUCAGACGGACACAUGUUCUCCACAUGUGUCCUGUUUGGUCUCAUGUGUAUGUCAGCAAAGUUUCCUUCAACCACUGUCAUAGUGCUUUUGCUUUGUCCGUGUAGCUGCACUGAAAAACCUUCUCGAUCAUUUCCGUCCAAAAGUAAAUCAAAUUGUAGUUUUUUAAAACGUGUAAUUAGUUUACAAAAAAAAGUGAUGCGUGCCAUUGUGACUGAAACAUGUUUACACCAGUGUGGAAUUAGGGUUUUCUGUUUGUGGCUAAGUUAAAAAGAACUUUACACCACUUAUAGCUGUUUUGUUUCAUUACAUAGGCGAUGCAUUUAAACUGUCUCCGUCUUGUGCCGUGAUCGUAUUGUCAGCUGCUGUGCUAUAGGCGACGUGUGUGUGUGUGAAGCUGUAACUUCUGAGUGUUAUCUGUGCCAAGAUAAGGGAUCAAGAAACUGAGGAACUGCAAUGUCUCAGCAGGUCAAAGAAGGCCAUGAGACAGGUCUUAAAAUGUUUUAAGUUUAGAUACAAGGUAAUGAACAGAAUAUAAAUAAAACCACAGAUACAAUAAAAUAUUCUUAAGGGGGAAAAAGAAUCAAUCAAUCAAUGUAAAUGUAAUCAAUGGAUAUUUGUAGAUCGAAAAAAAUAAUAAAACUUUUAGUACUUUCAGACUCA